CCCCUUCCCAUUGUAAACAAGCCCCUCUAGUAGUCAUGGCGCAGCUGUGGAUGAUGGCGGCGGCGCUCCUGUGUCUGGCUGCGGUCACCCAGGCGAGCACAUUGCUGGGUGGUCGCGAGAAAGCCAGGGCGGAUUCUGCAGGGGUGAAGCAGGCUCUGGCGUUCGCCCUAUACCAGUACAACAAGGGCAGCAAUGACGAGUUCGAGGCCCGGGUGGUGAAGGUGCACAAUGUGGAGACGCAGCUUGUGUCUGGGGUACUGUACUUUAUGGAUGUCGAUAUUGGGCGUACACAGUGUAAGAAGCCAACUGCAGAUGUAAAGAGCUGUAAACUCCACACAGAUCCGGCCUUCGUUAAGGUUUCUACUUGCCACGUUGAAGUAUUAAAGGUUCCUUGGAAAUCCAUCACUGAGGUGAAGAAAUUUGAAUGCCAUUAGUUUUUUUUCUGUUUCGGCAUAUCCAAGCUUUUAGCAACCGUUUUAACUCGCUUGUUACAGCAUAGAGUGUGAUAAGAAUUAGAUGCCUGUAGUUUGUAACUUUUUAGUAUUAUACACAAUGGAUAACAGCCGCAAAUAAAAUGUAUUCUUUUUAAGAGUAAUAAAGUACAUUGUGCAGGUCUCA